AUGACAAAGAACAUGUUACAAACAAGGAGUGUGAAUCUUUUGUUUUUGACAUCAGAUCUUAUGUUCAGACAGAUCACAUGUCUUCCUGUGGUGGUGUUAGUCAGUGGUAUAUCUUGGCUAUUUAGUGCCUGGGGCUCCAACAUACUCUGCAGUGAACCCCACAAUCUGACAUUCUUCUUGAAUCCUCCACAAGGGAAAUGGGAACAGCUUUCAAAGGUUUUAAGCUGGAAGUUUUCUUCUGUCACUAAAAGAGCGCUGAACUCUGAGCAGCUGAGAAUGCUGGCCGACAAACUUCUUGUUCAAGAAGCCCAAGGUGACCGUGAAGGACUCUUCCACUGGUAUACAUUUUUUAAACUCUAGGAAGGAUGAAUGAAAAUCUAAGAUUGUACAACAGCAUGUCAGUGAAGACCACGGGUUGGACAUGAUCGUAUGUGUUCUGUCAGGAUUUAGGCUUUGAACUGGUAGAGAAUGUGGGUAGAAAUACAAAGGUCAUAGGCUGGAUUCCCAGAGAACUGAUAAAGUGUAUACCUUGAAUGCACAGUAAGUUGUUUAGAAUAAAAUACUUGCUAUUAUAAGGAAAAUAAUCUUGCUAUUGUGCUAGACAUGCCUCACUGUUACUGUUGCACGUGUAUAUAUCAUCUUGCACCGUUUCAGCUAUGAGCAUGACUUCUGCUGAUUGUUUAGAUUAUUGUGAUAUUACUUCCUUACUUUUUUUUCUAGUCAGAAUUUGUGUUGCAUGUAUUUUUGUCCACUGUAAUUAUAAUGUACGAGUAAAAUUACACCCUUUUAAUUACUAACACAAUUUUAUUCAUUAUUGCACAUCAAAAAUGAAUCUUUAUAUACCAUUGCUUUAAUAGAACAUGAACACACACUGACUUUAGUCAGCCAGAUACAAUCUAAUAGAAAUCAGCAAGAAAUAUGUGCUUCAACGAAUACUGAAUAAUGCUAAAGUGUCUUUAAAGUAGUUUACAUUCAUUUACUUUGACAUGAACUAGAUUUUUGUCCAACUAACUGACUUCAAGUGUUUGGUCCGGGUGAACAGGUUUGACAUCAUCUUUCCACUGCUAAAACAAUAGAAUACACUUACAGUAUUGAACACUUCAUAAAGUAUACAUAAAUGCACAGGUGGGAGUCUAAAGGAGUUUUUAAUUGUAUCUGAUAAUGAUUUAAGCUGGUGUUGACGAUUUACAUUAAAUAUAGUUUAUCAUUUUAGUAUUAUUUUAAUAUUAUGUCCUCUGUUCUUGGGGUAAAUCUUCAACCUUGCCCUCUGAAUGCUAUAUUUGGGAUUCUUGACCCCUCACUUGCACUUAACCCUACACAAAAGGACAUCAUAGCUUUCACAUCCUUGCUAGCAAGAUGCUUAUUAUUGUUACAUUCGAAGUCUGUUAAAUAUCCUUCUAUCUCCCGUUGGCUCAGAGACGUCAUGUAUUUUUUAAAACUUGAGAAAAUUAAAUACACGUUGAGAGGAUGUACAGUCAAAUUUUUCCAUAAAUGGCAACCCUUUAUUUCCUAUUUCACUAAUUUAGUGGUACUACCCAAUUGAAUGUGUGCCUGUUAUUGUUGUACUGUUUGUACUGCAUAAAGAACCAGUAAUAUGUGUGUUGGUCGUGGUGAGCUGAGUCGGGGAGUGGGUGGGGGGUUGUUCAUUGUUUAAUACACGGUACUCUGUGAUCUAAUUUUUUUCUUAUCAGUGUUUUUAUUUUGUUCUUUAUUUUUUAUGUGUAUACGUGUCCGUGUACAUAUGCAUAUAUGUUUAAAAGAAAAAGGUAAGGAGGGGGGAAAGAGGAAAAGAGAUAAAUUGUAUUUGUGAAUGGAGAUAUUGUUUUUUUUCUUUUUUUCUUCUCUCAAUAAAAAAAUAAUAAUGAAUAUAUAUAUAUAUAUAUAUAUAUAUAUAUAUAUAUAUAUAUAUAUAUAUAUAUAUAUAUAUAUAUAGUUUAGAAUGUGAUUUUUAUAACUUUCUCCUUCCUGUUAUCCAGUAUACUUUUAUUUUUGAUCACUUUUGUUCUAAGAUUAACAUUGUGCACUUUCUCUGUGUGUAAUGUUACGUCCAGUGACGUUGUCUUGUGUUUGUACUGUGCUGGUGAAUGUUCUCUCUCUCUUUCUUUCAUGCAGCACUCCAAAUCGUCCGCAGCUGAUGCUAAUUAGCAGGAGCGUGGCUUUUCUUUUGGCAGCCUGUAUAAAGCAGCAAAGAGACUGGGAUUGACAGGAUUCCCUCUCCAGCUAUCCCAGACAUUGUUGUGUGAACUGCUGUUGAAAAGAGAACUUAUAUUCUGUUGCAAAAUAUGAGUGCACUUAAGAAUACAUAGUCCAUCUUUCUGAUAAUAGGCCUACAAUAAAGACUAACAAAAAUAACUAUCUUUGGCAGUGGUUAAAAUGUUCAAAUAAUGAGGUGUGAUUAAAUAAAAGUGAUAUGCAUGUAAAAAAAAAUGCAUGCAAACUUAAA